AUGGCAUCAAUCCGGCGAACUCACUCGCCGGUAUACCUCGAUCGUCAAUACGAGAACGGAGCCGCACCGUUCUCCCCUUCCUCCACGUCAUCCCCCUCUCAAAAAACCUCCACCAACAAACACAACUCCUCCGAUCCCAAAACCUCCCGCAGAGGUCCGUGGCGUCGACCGUUCUUCCAAUUCCUUGCUUUCUUCCUCAUCGGAUUCCUCUUAGGCUUGACUCCUUACGGUCAAAUCGAUGACAACACCACCGAUCGCUUCAAUUUCGAGCUCAAACCUCCAAUCAUCGAACAAUCGUUGCAAAAACGAGAAGAAUCGUUGCAAAAACGAGAAGAGGUAACCCUAGACGUAGACGGAGUAAGAUUAACGAAGGAGGAGGAGGAGAUGGAUGUUGUGCCGAGGAAGCUGAUAAUCGUUGUGACGCCGACGUAUAAUAGAGCGAUGCAGGGGUAUUACUUGAACAGAGUUGCGCAGACGCUGAGGCUAGUGGAGCCGCCGGUGUUGUGGAUAGUGGUGGAAGGGAACGCGGCGUCGUUCGAGACGUCGGAGGUUUUGAGGAAGACUGGGGUGAUGUAUAGACACUUGGUUUGUAAAAGGAAUACGACGAGGGUUAAGGAUAGAGGUGUUCAUCAGAGGAACACUGCUUUGGAACAUAUUGAGUUGCAUAGAUUGGAUGGUGUUGUUUACUUUGCUGAUGAUGAUAAUGUUUAUGAGCUUGAGUUGUUUCAGAGGUUGAGGGAGAUAAGACGAUUUGGAACUUGGCCUGUUGCAAUGCUAGCACCAAGCAAGAACAAGGCUAUUCUUGAAGGUCCAGUGUGCAAUGGAAGUCAAGUAAUUGGAUGGCACACUAAUGAGAAGAGUAAAAGACUACGCAGGUUCCAUGUUGAUAUGUCUGGAUUUGCUUUCAACAGCACUAUACUCUGGGACCCUAACAGAUGGCGACGUCCCUUCUCACAUCCAACUCGACAACUAGAUACCGUGAAAGAAGGUUUCCAAGAGACAACAUUUAUAGAGCAGGUGGUGGCAGAUGAAAGCGACAUGGAAGGUGUUCCACCAUCUUGCUCGAGGAUACUGAACUGGCACCUUCACUUGGAUGCCUUGGAUGUCCCUUAUCCACAAGGGUGGGUGGUCCAGAAGAAUCUUGAAGCUCUCAUAACUUUGAAGUAGUUUAAAGACACAACUUUUGAC